UUUAAUUUAAUUAUUCCAUAGAUUAGACCGGUGAUAAUUAUAUAAAUUCAGUAGCUGUAACCAUUUCCAGUUCAAAUCAUAUUCAAUAAGAAAUAAAACAAAGUUCACAUAUACAGCCCAUUUGUAGGCUUCCUCAAGAUCGCUAUAGCCAUGGCUGUGAAAACCAGCAAAGAUCAAGACCCUUCACCUGCUCUUUUAGAUGCAGUGGAAGAAAUCAUGAGACUCUACAAAUCACUACCGUCAAGACCCUCCAUCGAAGAAGUUGAAGCAGCCAUUUCUGUGAUCAAGACUGUCAACAAUGAAGAGCAGGCAAAGCUUGAUGAUAUUUCAGACCAGGAAUGUCCUCAAGAUGUCCCACGGGAGCUCUUCUCCGUGCUACAACAAGCGAGAAAGACCGCGUUGUUGUUUAAAAGCCAUGAACAGAGAAAAGAGGCUCUUCAAUUGGUUGAAGUUGACAAGAUGUUCGAGACCUUUGAUGGGUUGAUUCAAAAAUCUUCUCUGUUGGUUUCCGGUGGUACUCAGAAGGAGAAACUGGUUUCUAUCAGUGAGUCAGUUGAGGAAAUUGAGAAAGAAAGUGUGGUUAGUGAUGAAAGUUUGAUCAAGAAGAGAGAAGAUGGAGAAUCGAAGAAAGAUAGCUUCAAGGGUUUGGCGAAGAGCUCUUCCUCGAAAGCUACUUUCUUUUCAGGUGAAGUGGGCACUGAGAAAUUAAGUCUAAUGAAGGUGGCAGCGAUCAUAGAAAAUUCUGCAAAAACUGGAGCUGUAGUUCUUGAUCUUAGAGGCAAGUUGAUGGAUAAAGUUGAGUGGCUCCCUCUGUCAAUUGGGAAAUUAUCAGUUAUUACCGAAUUGGACUUAUCCGAAAACCAAAUUAUGGCACUUCCAUCCACCAUUAAUAACCUCAAAGCCUUGACAAAGUUGGAUGUCCACUCAAACCAACUAAUAAACCUUCCUGAGUCAUUUGGGGAGCUAAUCAAUCUCACCGAUCUCGAUCUCCAUGCAAACAGGUUAAGAUUAUUGCCAGCUUCUUUUGGGAAGUUGACAAACCUUGAGAAUCUUGAUUUGGGUUCAAAUCAGUUCACUCAGUUGCCAGAGACUAUUGGGAGUUUGACCAGCUUGAAGAAAUUGAACGUGGAAACAAAUGAACUUGAGGAGCUUCCACACACAAUUGGAAGUUGCACGUCACUAGUGGAGCUGAGAUUAGAUUUCAAUCAGCUCAGAGCUCUUCCCGAGGCAAUUGGAAAGCUGGCUUGUUUGGAGAUUCUUACUUUGCACUAUAACAGAAUUAGAGGGUUACCAACAACGAUGGGCCAUCUUUCCAAUUUGAGGGAACUUGUUGUAAGCUUCAAUGAACUAGAAUUCAUACCUGAAAACCUGUGUUUUGCAGAAAAUCUCAGGAAAUUGAAUGUUGCAAAUAACUUCGCGGAUCUAAGAGCAUUGCCACGAAAUAUCGGAAACCUUGAAUUGCUCGAGGAGUUGGAUAUAAGUGAUGAUCAGAUCAGAGUCUUGCCAGAUUCUUUUAGGCUCUUGUUAAAAUUGGUAGUUUUUCGUGCUGACGAAACUCCUCUGGAAGUUCCACCAAGACAAGUAACUACAUUGGGCGCUCAGGCUGUUGUUCAGUUCAUGGCUACACUUGUUAACAAGAGAGACACAAACCCUCAAUUGUCAAAGAAGAAGAAGGGUUUUUGGCACAGGGUCUGCCUAAUCUUUUGGCCUUGCCGGAGCAACUAAACCCUCUAGUUGACCAAUGCUUGAAGUCAUAUACAUGUUUAUCGUUGAUGUGCAUAAGCUGAAAUGUCCUGCUUUUCCGACAAGUUUUCAUUUUGUAUUGGUUAAUGUAUAAAUCAUUCCUUGAGACAACGCUGGCUUUGUUUAGUUCAAUUGUAAUUAAGGAGAAACAAUGUAAAGGCAUUCCUAUUCUGCAAAAUCAUUUCUACUGUGAGAUACGUUAUCUGUAAUUUUCUGCAAUUAUUUUAAGAGAUGAACUAUUCUUUAAA